AUGGCAGAAGUUUCCAACAACGACCUCGUGCAAACAGAAGAAGAGUACGAGAAUGACGGCGACGGCGACGGCGACGACGACGAUGAUGACGUUUUUGAUAUCAUGCUGAAUCCUGGCGGCGAUGAAGGCAGCUCAUUUCGCACCAGAAACGACCCGUCAGCACCUUACCAGCGUGCCAACGUUACCGAGCGUAAAGGGGCACUGGACAUCCGCUGCGCCUGUCUGGACGUAAUUCACGGCCUCAUGAGCCCCGAUGCCGACGAAUUUGCGACCAUUAUUGUUCUCAACUUUCGGUUCGACAGCCGCAAGACAGCAAGGCGCAUUUUGGCCGUGAACAUCACCCUCCAGUUUGCACCUGAGCAACCCGGUGACCCCGAGCCCGAAGUGUUUCAGAUCACACCCUUCGAUAGUAUGGUCAUGGUCCAGACGAUGCAGACAGAAGAGAAGAAAAUCAUGGCCGGCGUCAAUCUGGGGGCGCCUCCGCUUGCUGGUGUAGAGUUGGGGGUGGACUUGGGCUGGGAACGCAGCGUCAACCGAGAAACCACAGAUGCGACAAGAGUGAUCGGUUCAAUUGAUCUUUUAGGAAGGACUUAUGGGAACGCUGACAGCGCAUCUUGGUCACUUAUUGAGAACAGUACUACCAAGACCGGCGUACCGUCAACGAUGCGCACAGCAAUCUUGUUGAAAAGGCAGGACGAGAAACCUUUUCGCUGCGAUUUCAAGAUAGAAGCCAAGGUUGAUCCUAAGAGUUCUAUAGAGAGGAGCUUUCAAAGGCUGUUUGGAGGACGACCCAAAGAUGAUCCUCUGCUCUUUGAUCCACAGCUGCCUCCUACCAACAAAUUACAGAUGUAUGAUCUCACCGCACUUGGAUCUGUGGACCUCGGCAGUCUCUCGGGCGUGACUUUCCAAACCGUCCUGGACUCUGCAGUAAAGCAUAUUUAG